CCACGUAUAGUCAGCCAUAUUGUUCGAAUUAAAAAUUUGACGUCGGAAAAAACCGACGUACAAACGAUCUUCAUUACUUGCUUUCCCGCCGAUCUGAUCAGGAAUCAUUCUUCAAGUAGUACACUAUGAAUUGGCGGAGUGGCAUUGUAGUUGGUUUAGUUGUUGCAUUGUUAACCUUGAUCGCCGUGGAAUGUACGGAGUUGACUUUCGAGUUGGAAGAUAACGCGAGACAGUGUUUUUAUGAAGAUAUCAAGAAAGAUACCAAAGGAACGCUUGAAUUUCAGGUCAUUAGUGGUGGUAACUAUGAUGUGGAUGUAGUUCUGUAUGAUGAAAGUGGUAAAACUAUUUACAAUGUCCAAAAGAAACAGUACGACAGUCACUCAUUCACAGCUCAAGGUGAAGGAAUCUACAAGUUCUGCUUCAGCAAUGAAUUUUCGACCUUUAGUCACAAAGUGGUUUACUUUGAUUUCCAAGCCGGGGAUGAAAUGCCACUAACCAAAGAUUUGGGAGCACACCAAACUGCUCUUACUCAGAUGGAGACAGCUUGUGUAACUAUACACGAAGACCUUAAGAUUGCGUCAGACUACCAGACUCACCAUCGUUUAAGAGAGUCUCAAGGGCGUGAUAUGGCAGAAUACCUGAAUGAAAGGAUUCAAUGGUGGUCAAUUGGCGAGGCUUGCCUCAUUCUUUCAGUGGGAAUCUGCCAAGUAGUUAUUCUUCGACGAUUUUUCGCAGAGAAGAGGUCAACUAUUUAGAUGUUGAAAAGUGGUGCUUGAAAGGAACAUAGUUAUUUCAGCUUGUACAGUGAACACAUGAAGUCCCUUUGAGAAAUGCAUGUGCAAAGUCAUCAAAAGCUAUACAAAUUUAAGAACUGUGUAGCUGGAAAAGACUUGUGUUAUCUUCAUGUUGGACAUAGCUGAUGAGAGGCCAAGCCUUUGUAAGGCAACUACAUUGACUGUUUUUACUCACAAAUGAUGUGUAUUAUAAUGAAUAAUCAUUUGAUUGCAGAAUCUUGGCUAUUGUUUUGGCUGCAAAUGUUAGGAACCAGAAAACAAGAUGAAUUUCCAUCAGGAAUUUUUUUGGAAAUGUAUUAGUGAGAUAUUAGCAACUUGAAAGUCUCUUGGUAGCAUUAAAGUCCUUACUUUUUUAUCACAA